CAUUGCUUCUUUGCAUCCUUCCUUCAACUUUCUCUUCCGCUCUCAUUCUCUUUGCUCUCUGAAGCGUAGCAUUCCAUAAUUCUAUUUUUCUUCUUCACCAUCAUCACCAUGACUCCACCCGUCGAACCACAACAUUUCAAGAGUAAAGUGUUUUUCGACCCUAAUGUCAUUGAAAUUACACCUCCAACUCUAUAUAAUAACCCUCCUAAUUCUACUAAGCAGAAAGAGGCCAUUUUGAAUCCUGAGGUUAUCAAUGUCGAAAGCGAUGAUAAUUCUACUGAGUUAAUAUUAUUUGGGCAAAGAGUUAGAAAGGGGAAGGAAAUUCAGACCACCCAUCAAAACAUGGAAGUGUGUGAGGAUGUAAUGGGUAAAUCUUUAUGGACUGACAAGCAUAGUUCUAGUUCUGACAGCUCAAACCACAAGGAUGAUGUUGAAUACUAUGAUUUUUUUUCAAAAGAUCAUACGAUGACAACAUCUCAACCUUCGUUGUCACUGGAGCCUUCUGGAGUACAAUACUCUCAAACUCCCCUGAGUAAGAAGAAAUCAAAUGACUCACAACAAAGGAAGCAGAAGUUAAAGUUGCCAUUGGAAAUUGGGUCAUCUACAUCUUUUGAGAGUGGGGCACCACAUUCGGGACUUCUCCCUACAGGUGGGGCAUCAGAUUGGGGACUGUUGCCAGCAGGUGGAGCACCACAGGCAGUAGGUGGGACACUACACUUGGGACUGCUACCUGCAGGUGGGAUGUUGCCUGCAGCUGGAGCACCACAGGCAGCAGGUGGGACACUACAUUGGGGACUGCUACCUGCAGGUGGGAUGCCGCCGGCCGGUGGGACACCAGAUUGGGGGAUGUUGCCUGCAGCUGGAGCACCACAGGCAGCAGGUGGGACCCUACAUUGGGGACUGCUACCUGCAGGUGGGAUGCCGCCGGCAGGUGCCACACCGGACUGGGGACUGUUGUCCACUGGUGGAACACCACAGGUGGUCAGUGGGACACCACACUGGGGACUGCCACCUGCAGGUGGAAUAUCGCCUGCAAGUGGGACACCAGAUUGGGGACUGCUGUCUGCAGGUGGGACACCACAGGCGGUAGGUGGGACAACAUAUUGGGGGCUGCCGCCUGCAGGUGGCGCACCAGAAUGGGGACUGCCGUCCACAGUUCCAAUGAUGACACUUUACAGUCCAUAUCAUUCAAAUUUUGUUGGACCUUCAUAUCAUCAUCCAGGAGCUGAAUCUAUUAAUCAGAUGUGGUCGACGAAUGCUCAUCACUUGCAGGCGAUCCCUAAUUAUAAUUAUCCUCAUCCUUAUAGUUAUACCUAUGAUUAUAAUUAUACAGCUCCCGUUGUUCACCAUUACCAUGUCCCUCCUGCGCCAUUGUUUCAUAACUCUUUGGUUCAAAAUUCUGUGGGAGAUGAAAAUAAUGGAGCAACUACCAAUAGUACUGUUGCUACAAUUUCAGAUGAAGCUAGAGAGGAAAUUCUGGUGAAAUUUCGAAACUUUAAACAAUUUGACGUUGUUGAAGACGUUUCAGACCAUCACUUUGUUAAUGCCGACUCUUCCAUGCAACAGCAUUCAAAGAAUUGGGCUAAAAGAAUCCAGGGAGAGUGGAAGUCAUUGGAGAAGGAUUUACCAGAUUCAAUAUUUGUCAGAGUUUAUGAAUCAAGAAUAGAUCUUCUGAGGGCCGUGAUUAUUGCAGCAGAGGGAACACCUUAUCAUGAUGGCCUUUUCUUUUUUGAUGUUUACUUCCCAAGUGGCUAUCCCCAUGUACCGCCGAACGUCCACUACCAUUCCGGAGGGCUUAGGCUCAACCCAAAUUUAUAUAAUUGUGGCAAAGUUUGUCUUAGUCUACUUAACACCUGGACUGGCCAUCAGAAUGAGCAGUGGAUUUCAGGUGUUUCAACAAUUCUACAGGUUCUGGUCUCUAUACAGGGUCUAAUCUUGGUUGCAAAGCCUUUCUUUAAUGAGCCUGGAUAUGCACAUUUGAACGGUUCACAAUAUGGUGAAAUUAGUUCUUUGCGGUACAAUGAGGACUCAUUCAUCCUAUCAUUGAGGACAAUGAUGUAUAUCAUGAAAAGGCCUCCAAAGAAUUUCGAGGACUUUGUUGUUGGGCACUUCUGCCGCCGAGCUCAUGAUAUUCUUGAGACAUGCAAAGCAUACAUUGAUGGGGCUCAAGUUGGUUGUGUGGUCAAAGGAGGGGCACAAGAUGUUGAUCAGGGUGACAACAGUAGUUCAAUCCAGUUUAGGACUUCUUUGGCUGCAGUUGUGCAUAUGCUUAUUAAAGAGUUUACACAAAUUGGAGCCAAGGAUUGUGACCAAGUCUUUCCAUCAACAGCAGCAGGAAAUCCGUCUGGUGAAAUGCUGACAGCAGCGGGAAAUCCGUCCCUUGUAAUGCUGACGGAAGCAGGAAAUCCAUCGGGUGAAAUGUUGACGGCAGCGGGAAAUUUGUCCGGUGUAAUGCCAGCAGCAGGGGGAAAUCCAUCCAUUGUAAUGCUGGGAAAUCCAUCCGUUGAAAUGCCGACAGCAGCGGGAAAUUUGUCCGGUAUAAUGUCAGCAGCAGUGGAAAAUCCGUCCGUUGAAAUGCCGGGAAAUUUGUCCGGUGUAAUGCCGACAACAGUGGGAAAUCCAUCCGUUGAAAUGUUGGGAAAUCAGUCCGGUGUAAUGAUGACAGCAGCGGGAAAUCCAUCCACCGUUGAAAUGCCUGAUUCUGCUGCAAUUCCUUGACCAACCAAAUUUUGAGACUUGAUAAAGGCUUAUGUUAUAUUUAGUAUAAAUAGCUGAUAGCAUAUGUUUUAUGUUAUAUUGAACUCAGUCAUUAUAGUACUCUUGAACAAUGUCUGCACUUGAUCCUGGAAUAUUAUUUAUAAUUGCAGAUGGUUAUGUUUAAUCCAUAGGAGGGCAUAAAAUCCCUGUUCGUUUUUA